AUGAAGCAGGAACUGGCGGAGGAAGGCAGCAGAUGCUCCAUCCUCACCAAGCAGCACCGCUUCAACGAGCACUGCUGCAUCCGCUGCUGCGCGCCCUUCACCUUCCUCAUCAACCCCAAGCGCCUGUGCCUGGACUGCCAGUACAAUGUCUGCAAGACCUGCUGCACCUACAACAAGAGGGAGCAAGCCUGGCUGUGUGCCGCGUGCCAGAAGGGCAGGUUAGUGCCU